AUGAAGAGCAAGAGAGGCCGUCGAAGGGUGGGAUUGAAGUUUGUGAAGGACAGGAGACGAUUGCUUGCAUUAACAAAGCGUCGAGAUGAAAUCUUUAAGGAAGCAAGUGAACUGUGUACCCUUGUUGGUGUUAGCAUUGUGGUGUUGAUAACUUCCUUGUGUGGUAAAACCUAUUGUUUUGCUCAUCCUAACGUUGAGUCUGUUGAAAGUCAAUUUUUGUACCACACCCUAUUGCAGCCAGGAUUUCUGGAGCCAGAUCGAGAUGUUCAUAUCAGGGAGCUUAACAAACAACUUGACGAUGUGCGUGACCAACUGGAGGCUGAGGAGAAGCGUGCGAAAGUUUUGAAGGAWAUGCGAAAGAAAAGACUCAAGAAGGUUUGGGAGGAACCAUUGCCAAAACUUAYCCAUGCCGAAGCUCUAAAGGUGAAGGAACGGUUGCAUCAAUUGCAGGAUUCGAUUUUUAAUAUGUUUAAUCAGAAAUUUAUACGUGAUGUUGUUGGAACUGCAGUUGACAAUAUAUGA